GGGUUAGGGUUUGGCCCUGCACCAAAACAAAAUGACCUAGCUUUCCCACUUCCUUUCCCCAUCUCUCCUUAUCCUAAUCCCAAAUCAAAUUUCUCUAACAUCUAAUUAUCAUAUCCUUAAUUUCAGACAACACCCCCACUUUUUCCUAAACUAUAUUUAUUUAUUUUUUAUUUAUAAAGAUGAAGAAGAGGCAAGUAGUGUUCAAGAGAGGUGGCGAUCAGGGGCACCACCAGUCGAGCAACUCGGCGAAUUCGUCGUACGCCGUGAGAGCCGUGAGGUACGGCGAGUGCCAGAAGAACCACGCGGCGAACGUGGGCGGGUACGCCGUGGACGGGUGCAGGGAGUUCAUGCCGUGUGGGGAGGAAGGGACGGCGGGGGCCCUCACUUGCGCCGCCUGCGGCUGCCACCGGAACUUCCACCGCAGGGAGGUCGAGGGGGAGAUGGCCGCCUGCGACUGCGCCUCCUCCCCGACCUCCUCCAGCAACACGUAGAAGAAAAGGACAAGGUAUGAGGGUGUGGUGGGAUGAGCUAGUUUGUUUUUUUUCUCAGUGUGUGUGUGUGUGAUGAGGUUUGGUGGAGGCGUGAGUCAGGUUAAUGCAGUGGAGAGAAAAAAAAAGAAAUUCUAGGCCUUUUGUUUUGUUCUUUCUUUUUUUGGGGGGUGGUCUUUUUUUUGGAUUAUUUUUGGGUUUUUUUUUGUUUUGGUUUGUGUAGGUGAGAUAUGAGAGGUGGAUCUUCGUACUUGUUUCUGUUCUGGUUUGAUUGAUAUAUGAAGAGAUGUAAAUUCUUAUU